GAGUGUCAAUGGUCCGAUGGCGUUGACAAAAGCUUGUCAGACACCAGAUGGAAAAAAUCAGGUUAUGAUCGAAAUGGAGCCGGAACGAGAUGCCGAGGGGAGACUCAAUUACAGCUGAACAGGGAAGGAAAGAUGCGAGGGCGGGGAUGGUGACGAAGGCGCGACGCAACUGCCUUGUUAGGGAUCGAAGGAGAAAGGGAAGGAAAGCGCUGGGCUCUCGGCUUCCUGGCUGGAAUUUGGGCGACGAGAAUAGAAGCAACUGAUGACAAGUUGCUCUUUUUCCUUCAUCAUCUGUAUCAUUGCCGGAUUUAACCACCAUUUUAUUCCAUUGACGUUCGCCUGCUUCCUUCUCAUCAUUCCCAAAACUCCUCUAUUUUCGGCCUCAACUUCGCAUGCUUUGAUUUUCUUCGUGCUUCAUUCCGCGCGCGGCACCGCUCAGCGUCUCGACUCUCGACAUUUUCCGAGCAAUAUGAGCCUAUCUUCUCCAGUCUACUCAAGCGCUCUCCAUCGCAGGCGGCCAGCGGUACUGGAUCCAGCCACCUGGCCCGGCAACAAGUCUGGCCAGAUGCCAGAGCGCGCGCCAUGUGAUGCACAGGAGCCAUUGAGGCCGGCCACCACCCUGCCGUUGGCCGCCAGCGGCUCGGAGUUGCCUACCCAUGCACGUAAUAUGCCCACCCUGCCCAGUCCGGAAUGCAAUCCCGGCCAUCUAUCUGCCUUGCGCCGAUACACGAAUGCCCCGGCCCCCGGCUCUAAUGCGCGCGCCUCCAGCCUGCGCGCAGCUGGGUCGCGGCCCGGCCCCUUUGCCCGGCCCCUUUACUCUGCCAUGUUCUAGGCGAGAAGAACGUUUGCUGGGCUUUGUUAUUCCACGCCACAUCUAGCACACGAAGCAUCUCUCUGCGUCCACUUCAGAUGGUCCAGAACUACCGGAACAGUGUAAGCGCCAUCCAGAACUUGUACCAUUCGUCAGUGU